UUUCCAAUUGUAUUACUGCGUAUCACUUGUCUUAUCCCCUAUUGAGAGUUAGAUCUAGGUCAAGUUGACUGUAAAAUGCAGCAUGUGGCAUUCAGUAGGUGUAGUCCGUUAGCCGUCCUGUUUACUAUCUCUCCACUAUAGGAAGGACUCUUUAAUAUUACGAAACCAAAGAUAGUCUAUUUUGUAUUUCAAAGCAACAUGGUAGCAUUUUGAAUCCCAGCUAGAUCGAUAGCCCUUUACUGAGAUGUAAAACAUGUGUUUAACAUUUUUUUGUGAUAUGCACAACACUGCAGUAUAUCUACUUGUCUUACCAGAAAGAAGGUGUCAAAGCUCUGGUCUCAGUAGAAAUUAAAAUCUUCAAAAAUAUGGCUAGAGGAAAAUCAAAAAUGCUCCAGUGACUCUGAAAAAUCUUGUAUAGACAAUAUGGAAGAAGACCCCUAUAAUAGCAGUGGGGAUGACAAGCCGGAACUCCGACAUAGUACCAUUGCUAGACUCCUACUAUCCAAUAGAAUGACACGUCAUGAUGUAAGCAAUGAAGUUCCUUCGGCAACAGAAGACAACAACUUGAAUGAAGUACAGACCAUCACACUUGAUGGGGAUUCCUCCCAGGACCAGCACUAUGUGGUGAACUAUGCCAGCCGCAGUGACUUUGACACUACCAGAAGUGAGUAUGAAAUGAACCGGGGAGAUUUUUCACCAUUGGAAGAGUACAAUGAGGACAGGUCAUCACCUGAGAACCUUGUCACUCCAACCGGUUUCUCUAUUGCUGCUCGCCUCUACAAGUGUAGAUUUUGCAACUUUUCAACCAUGAAGUACACACAGCUCCAACUCCACAUGCCCAAGCAUGGUGGUGUUAAAGCUCUGAAGUGCCCUCUAUGUGAUUAUUCAACCAACGACAAGAGUAACUUUCGCCGUCACAAACGUCUCCACCUCAGGAACAAUCCUGUGAAUGUCCUUAAAUGUGACAAGUGCACUUAUUCAACAAUCUUGCCCCGGAAAAUACGAGAACAUUACUGUGAGGAGCAUGUAGACACUCCUAAUAGCACAGCAACAGAUUCAGCUACAGUCCCAUUUACAGGUCCUACUUAUGAAGCAACUCGUUUCCGUUUUCGGCAUUUUGGGGUUGAUCAGAGUACGUCUUCUGGCAACCCGCUUGGUAUGAGUACUUUGCAUACGUUGUUAACAACAGUGCAAUCUCCAAACCUGCAGUUCAGGCGAUCAACUGCUGCACCAAUUAACAACUGUUUCACACAAUAUAAUCAUUAUGAAUCAGCUAGUCAACAGGCUAAUCAAGACACACAUUUAGCAUCAAAUUAUCUACGUUCUAUUGUCUCCUCCAUUAUGAAUAGUCCCCCUCCACCACCAAGAGUGCCUGUUACCAGCACAAUUACCUCAUCCAGUCUCUAUACUACAGCAGCAACAGCAGCAACACCAACACUUCCUCCAUCUUCAACAGCUUCUAUAGGUUCUUCAACAGCAACUACAUUACCCAUGGUAACUGAUACAGGGGAAGUGAGAGUGAAAGUUGAACCCUUUGAAUGUGAGGAAAUAUCAGAUGUGUCAAGUUCCGCUGCAGCUACUCCCAUGAGAACUCUAACUCCUGACUGUUCAAGGGAUGUUCAAACUGUUUUAUCGACCUCCUCAAAAAGACAGUCAUUGGACUAUUUAGAAAAUUCUAGUAAUCCUUUUGAUCGAUCUGUUGAGCUUAGAACAAUGUCUAAUGUUAGCCAGAGCACUGGUGAUAUAGCUGACUCUUCAAAUGCUAGGCUUGAAUAUCACUCACCUAUUGAAGAAAACAUGGGGAGUGUGGAAAACAUAGCUUCAACAUCUUCUGGCAAGAAUUACAUGGAAAACACACUUCACACUUCAAAUCCAGUCACUAACCGUAAUUUGAUGUGUGACAUAGCAUUGACACAGAACUGUAGCGAGACUGAUGUGGACUCUGCUUCAGUGAAGAGGGAAACAUCCAGUGUUGCAGUACAGUGUGUUCUACCAAAUGUUAAAAACGAAGGUUUGAAUGUUGGACAGGAGGAGGCUCCUGAGCGAAAGCGGUGGCGAUGUCAGUUUAUUGAGAGAGCAGUGCAAUGCGAACUGUUGCCCUCACGUCGGACUGGUUCUCGUUCAGUGUCCAUUGCAAGUGAAUCAGAAGGCAGUGAACAACCAAGUACAGCAACGACAACAGAUAACCGUUGUAUAUAUUGUGGUGUUACGUUUGAAGAUGAAGUCCUUUUCUCCAUUCAUAUUGGCUGUCACAGCCAUACUGAUCCCUUUGUGUGCAAUGUAUGUGGCAAGCAAUGUACCAACAAGUAUGGUUUCUAUUCUCAUAUUAUGCGAGGUCAUCAGUACUAGGUGUAUUGUGUACAUAUACACUUGUUGGGUGGCUGUGUGCAUCUAUAACUAUCAAUCUAUCUACCUGUCUACUUAUCUACAUAUAUAUAUAUAUGUAUAUGUAUAAUAUGUGUGUGUGUGUGUAUGUGUGUAUACACAUACACACAGGCAAA